AUGUCAGAAUUCAUUCUAGCCUUUCUAACCAUAUCGGGAUUAUUUCCAGUUGCUAAAGUGCUGACAGCAGUAGGCGCAGAGCAAGGUACAGGGGAGAUGCUGGUGAAAUGCCCCCUCAACCACAUGCAGUGUGUUGGCACAAGGAAAUGCAUUCACUUUAAUAAACUGUGCAAUGGAGCGAUAGACUGUGAGGAUGGCUAUGAUGAAGGAAUGCACUGUCGAGAACUCCUGCCCAAAUGCCAUGAACUGCGUUGUCAGUACGGCUGCGUCAUGACCAGAAACGGCACUUUCUGCUUCUGUGCUGACGGCUUUCAGGUUGAGGAAGACGGACGGAGUUGCACAGAUUAUGAUGAAUGCACUGUGUAUGGAAUAUGUAGCCAGACCUGCAUGAACACCUUCGGGUCAUACAGAUGCAGCUGUACAGAUGGAUAUAUCAUGCACUCUGACAGAAGGUCCUGCAAAGUCAAACUUGAGGCAAGCGACAGACCUCCUCUCCUCCUCAUUGGAAACUCAGAACACAUUGCCGUUGCAAACCUUAACGGAUCUUCAGUGCCUGCCCUAAAGCCAUUGGACUCGAGUGGAAUUCUCACAUUGGAUUUCAAUUACAAGGAAGAAUCAGUCUGUUGGGUUGCAUCCAGUGAGACAACUGGUCUCUGGUGUGCCAAGAUGAUGAAGCUGAAAGGUUUUUCAGAAGUCCGGGAAAUAAAAAUAGACCAGAAUCUGCAAAAUGUUGAGCAAAUGGCCAUAGACUGGCUCACUGGCAGCUUCUACUUUGUGGAUCGAAUCAAUGGCCGAAUAUUUGUGUGCAGUCAAGACAAAGGCUCUUGUGUUACAAUCAUUGAUCUCGACCUACAGAACCCAAGAGGAAUUGCUGUGGAUCCGUUGAUGGGUAAGUUCUUCUUCACGGAUUACGGGAAUGUGGCCAAGGUGGAGCGGUGUAACAUGGAUGGCACCAACAGGACUAGGCUUGUGGAUCAAAAAACAGAGCAACCAACAGCAGUGGCCUUGGACAUGGUGAAGAAGCUUGUGUACUGGGCAGAUGCCUAUUUGGACUACAUUGAAGUUGUGGAUUACAACGGGAAAAACAGGCACACUGUUAUUCAAGGGAGCUCUGUGUCAUACCUCCAUGGAUUAACGGUGUUUGAGGAUUACUUAUUUGCAACACAUUCUGACACUUCCAGGGGAUCCAAAGUGGACAUUCUACAGAUAAAUAGGUUUAACAGCACGGACCGGCAAACUUUAGCCAGCAUGGGGAAUUCUAGAGCAAUACGUGUUUACCACAAACUGAGUCAGCCAACAGUCAGGAGCCACGCGUGCGAUGCAGACCCAUACGGGAAAGCAGGGGGAUGCUCCCACAUGUGCCUGCUCAGCGGCAGCUACAAAUCCAGAACCUGCCGCUGCCGGAGAGGAUUCAACCUGGGGACCGACGGCAAGUCCUGCAAAAAACCCAAGAACGAGCUGUUCCUUUUCUACGGGAAAGGGCGACCUGGCAUUAUCAGAGGCCUGGACAUGAAUAUCAAGUCUGACGACGAGCACAUGGUACAGAUCGAGGAUCUCGUAAGCCCUCGUGCCCUGGACUUCCACGCCGAAACAAGCUACAUAUACUUUGCAGACACUACCAGCUUUUUGAUCGGCCGACAAAAAAUUGAUGGAAGCGGUCGAGAAACAAUACUCAAAGACGACCUUGAUAAUGUGGAAGGGAUCUCAGUGGACUGGAUAGGGAAUAAUUUGUACUGGACAAACGAUGGCUAUAAGAAAACAAUCAGUGUGGCCAGAUUGGAGAAGUCAUCUCAGACCAGGAAAACUCUUCUGGAGGGAGAUAUGUCUCAUCCCAGAGCCAUUGUUGUGGAUCCCUUAAACGGCUGGAUGUACUGGACAGACUGGGAGGAAGACCAGCUUAAUGACAGCAUUGGGAGGAUAGAGAAGGCAUGGAUGGAUGGAUCCCAUCGGCAGAUAUUUGUCACGUCAAACAUGCUGUGGCCCAAUGGCCUUACUGUGGACCACGGAACCAGCACCAUGUACUGGUGCGACGCCUACUACGACCACAUUGAGAAAAUCUUCCUUAAUGGCACGGGCAGAGUGGUAGUCUAUAAUGGGAAAGAAUUAAACCAUCCCUUUGGGAUCUCACAUUACCGGAAUUUCAUCUACUGGACUGAUUAUAUGAAUGCCUCUAUUUUCCAACUGGAUUUGUUGUCAGGGGAUGUUACACUCAUGAGGAGCGAAAAGCCGCCUCUCUUUGGGCUUCGAGUAUAUGAUGCCCAGACUCAACAAGGAGAUAAUGCAUGCCGUGUUAACUAUGGAGGCUGCAGCACGCUGUGCCUUGCUAUUCCGAGAGGACGGGUCUGUGCGUGCGCCGACAGCCAGCACCUGGAGAAGAAUAAUGUCUCCUGCUCAAGUAAGCCUCCACGGGAGGCGGAGCCACAGAGGUGCAAGAGUGAUGAGUUUCAGUGCAGGAACCAGCAGUGCAUCCAGAUAUCCUGGAAGUGUGAUGGGGAUGACGACUGUUUGGAUGGCAGCGAUGAAGACCCCAACAUUUGCUAUAAUCGCAGUUGCCCUGCAGACCAGUUCAAGUGCCAGAACAACCGUUGUAUCCCCAAGAGGUGGCUGUGUGAUGGAACCAAUGACUGUGGGAAUAAUGAAGACGAGUCCAAUCUGAUCUGUUCAGCUCAGACGUGCCAAUCCAACCAGUUCUCCUGCAGGAAUGGUCGCUGCAUCCCAGAAAGCUGGCGCUGUGACCGGGAUGAUGAUUGCGGGGACCGAUCAGACGAGACAUCUUUUUGUGCAUUCCCGACCUGUGAGCCCCUCACCCAGUUCAGCUGUACCAAUGGCAGGUGCAUCAGUGUCAAGUGGCACUGUGACUCAGAUGAUGACUGUGGGGAUGGCAGUGAUGAAGUGGGCUGCGUGCACUCCUGCUCCCAUGCCCAGUUUCAGUGCUCCAGUGGGAGGUGCAUCCCAGACCACUGGGCCUGCGAUGGAGACAAUGACUGCGGGGACUUCAGCGAUGAGAACUCCACCUGUGGUGGAGCAGCUUUGCUUCCUGUCAGCGACUGUCACGGGGAGGAGUUCCUCUGUCGUGGGGAGGGCACCUGUAUCCCUGAACGCUGGCGGUGUGACGGGGACAAGGACUGCGAGGACGGGAGCGAUGAAGCGAGCUGUGAGGGCACCCGGAGGAUGUGUGACCCCAAGGCCAAGUUCACCUGCCGAGCCUCAGGGAAGUGCAUCAGUAAGAACUGGGUGUGCGAUGGGGACAAUGACUGUGAAGACCUCUCAGAUGAAGAGAAUUGUGAGGUGUCUGUCUGCAAGCCCCCAAAAUACCCAUGUGCGAAUGACUCCUCCACCUGCCUCCAGCCAGAGAAGGUCUGUAAUGGGAGGAAGGACUGUGCGGAUGGGUCGGACGAAGGUCAUUACUGCGACCAAUGCUCUGUGGAUAAUGGUGGCUGUAGCCAUCAGUGUGCCGUGGCUCCUGGGAAAGGGAUCGUGUGCUCCUGCCCGACAGGGCUCCACCUCAUUGCUGACAACAGGACCUGUGAGACUGUGGACUACUGCACCAAGCACCUGAAGUGCAGCCAGGUGUGCGAGCAGUACAAAGCCACCGUCAAAUGCUCCUGCUAUCCUGGCUGGAGACUGGAACCAGACGGGGAGAACUGCCAGAGCACCGAUCCUUUUGAGGCUUUUAUUAUCUUCUCUAUCCGGCAUGAGAUCAGACGUAUAGACCUUCACAAGCGAGACUACAGUCUGCUUGUCCCCGCUUUGAGAAACACCAUUGCCCUUGAUUUCCACUUCGCUCAAAGCCUGCUCUAUUGGACGGAUGUUGUUGAAGAUAAAAUUUACAGAGGAAAGCUCUCAGACACUGGAGGUGUGACGGGGAUCGAGGUGGUUGUGCAGCACGGUCUGGCGACACCAGAAGGGCUGGCAGUGGACUGGAUAGCAGGGAACUUUUACUGGAUUGAUAGCAAUCUGGAUCAGAUCGAGGUGGCUAAACUGAAUGGAGACAUGCGGACCACACUGAUCGCUGGAGGCAUGGAGCACCCACGCGCGAUCGCUCUGGACCCAGGAGAUGGAAUCCUCUUCUGGACAGACUGGGAUGCCACCUUCCCACGGAUAGAAGCGGCCUCCAUGAGCGGGGAGGGCAGACACGUCGUCUUCAGAGACAUGGACAUAGGAGCGUGGCCUAACGGCCUCACCCUGGACCAUCUGGAGAAGAGGAUAGUGUGGACAGAUGCGCGGUCAGAUGCCAUUUACUCAGCUCUGUAUGAUGGAAGUGGACUCAUAGAGAUCCUAAGAGGACACGAAUACCUGUCGCACCCCUUUGCCGUCUCCCUUUUUGGGGGCAGCGUGUACUGGACUGACUGGAGGACCAACACCCUGGCCAAGGCCAACAAAUGGACCGGCCGGAAUGUGACAGUGAUCCAGAAAACCAGCGCCCAGCCAUUCGACCUGCAGAUCUACCACCCGAGCAGACAGCCCCAGGCUUCAAACCCGUGCGAGGCGAACGACAGCAGGGGCCCGUGCUCACACCUGUGCCUCAUCAACUACAACCGCACGGCAGCCUGCGCCUGUCCCCACCUGAUGAAGCUGGCACCCAACAACAGGUCCUGCUCUGCACUGAAGAGAUUCCUUCUGUAUGCUCGACGCUCUGAAAUCCGUGGGGUAGACAUUGACAAUCCUUACCUUAACAUCAUAACGGCACUGACUAUCCCGGACAUCGACAAUGUCUCUGUGGUGGAUUACGAUGCUCUAGAGGAGAGGAUUUACUGGAGCGACAUAAAAACACAAACCGUAAAACGGGCCUUCAUAAAUGGAACAGGCCUGGAAACAGUCAUUUCUGGAGAUAUAUUAAAUGUCCGUGGGUUGGCUUUGGACUGGCUGUCAAGAAACAUGUACUGGAUAAGCUCUGACAAUGAUGAGACUCAGAUAAAUGUUGCACGUUUGGAUGGAUCUCUGAAAACCUCCAUCAUUCAUGGGAUUGAUAAACCGAAGUGUCUUGUAGUACAUCCCGCCAAGGGAAAAAUGUACUGGACCGAUGGAAACACAAUAAACCUAGCGAACAUGGAUGGGACUAACAGUAAGAUUCUGUACCAGAACCAAAGAGAUCCGGUCGGUUUGUCAAUAGACUACACCGCAAAUAAGCUGUACUGGAUCAGCUCUGGAAAUGGCACCAUCAACAGAUGUAACCUGGAUGGCAGUGGUUUGGAGGUUAUAGAGACCAUGAAGAAGAACUUGACGAAAGCCACAGCACUGGCAGUUAUGGGUGGUAAGCUGUGGUGGGCGGAUGACGGUCUGGCCCAGUUGGGAACCGUUACCAAGAGAGAUGGAAAGAACCCAGUGGUACUGCGGAACAAGACCGCUGGGGUGGUGCACAUGAAAGUGUAUGACAAGGACGCCCAAAGAGGGAGGAACCUUUGUCAGCUCAAUAAUGGCGGCUGCUCUCAGCUGUGCCUCCCCACAUCAGAGAGUACUCGCAGUUGCUUCUGCACCGUGGGCUACAACCUGCACCGCGACCGCAUCACCUGCGAAGGCAUCGGUAUCUUCUUGAUGUACUCCGUCCAUGAGGGAAUCCGAGGGCUUUCACUGGACCCGAAUGAUCCCACGGAGGCCCUGAUGCCAGUCAGCGGAACAUUGUUUGCUGUUGGUUUGGACUUCCAUGCAGGAAAUGAUACAGUCUACUGGACAGACAUGGGUUUAAACAGAAUCUCACGAGCAAAACGGGAUCAGACGUGGAAAGAGGACAUCAUUACCAAUGGCAUCGGCAGGGUGGAGGGGAUUGCAGUUGACUGGAUGGCUGGUAACCUUUAUUGGACAGACCAUGGAUUUAACCUCAUUGAGGUGUCUAGGCUGGAUGGUCUGUACCGCUAUGUGGUGAUAUCAGAGGGGCUUGAUCAGCCGAGAGCUGUGGCAGUGCACCCUGGGAAAGGCUACUUGUUCUGGACAGAAUGGGGCCUGACCCCUUGCAUUGGCAGGGCGCUCUUAGAUGGCUCGGAUCAAGUCCUGCUCGUUAACUCUGGAAUUGCUUGGCCAAACGGGAUAUCCAUCGACUACGAGGAAAAUAAAUUAUACUGGUGCGAUGCUCGCACGGACAAGAUAGAGAGGAUCAACCUUGAGAGUGGGGAGAGCCGAGAGAUUGUACUGUCAGCAAGCAACGUGGAUGUGUUUUCAGUGGCAGUCUUUGGGGCUUACAUCUACUGGUCUGACAGGGCACACGCCAAUGGCUCCAUCAGGAGAGGGAUGAAGAGCAACGCCACGGAGGCCCUGACCAUAAGGAGCGGCCUGGGGGUUAACCUGAAAGAUGUGAAGAUCUUCAACAGAGGCCGGGAGAAAGGUACUAAUUCCUGUUCCAGGAAUAACGGGGGCUGCCAGCAGCUCUGCUUCUAUCAGGGCCGUGGGCGGAGGACGUGCGCAUGCGCCCACGGCUUCCUGGCAGAGGGGGGUCUCAGCUGCCAGAGGUACGAGGGCUACCUGCUGUACUCCGAGAGGACCACCCUGAAGAGCAUCCACCUGUCCGACGAGAGUAACCUCAACUCACCGGUCAGGCCCUACGAGAACCCCGCCCACUUCAAGAACGUCAUCGCCCUGGCGUUCCACUACCGGCAGAGGACCGCGGGAGCCAACCGCAUCUUCUUCAGCGACGUCCACUUCGGGAACAUCCAGAUGAUUAACGAUGACUGGACAGGACAGCGGGUCAUUGUUGAACAUGUGGGUUCAGUAGAAGGGCUGGCCUACCACCGGGCCUGGGACACCCUGUAUUGGACCAGCUCCACCACUUCCACUAUUAGCAGGCACACCAUCAACCAGAACCGGCACGGGGCCUUCAACAGAGAGGCUGUGGUCACCAUGACUGAGGAGGACCACCCACACGUCCUCGCCCUGGAUGAGUGCCAGAACUUGAUGUUUUGGACCAAUUGGAACGAACAGAAUCCCAGCAUCAUGAGGUCCACAUUGGCAGGAAACAAUGUGCGGGUCAUUGUUAGCACAGACAUUCUCACACCCAACGGACUUACCAUUGACCACAAAGCAGAGAAGCUCUAUUUCUCUGAUGGAAGUCUUGGAAAAAUUGAGAGGUGUGAAUACGACGGAUCACGCAGAUAUGUGAUUGUGAAGGCAGGGCCAGGAACCUUUUUCGGACUGGCUAUUUAUGGCGACUUCAUCUUUUGGUCAGAUUGGGUGCGGAGAGCCGUGCUACGCGCCAAUAAGUACACAGGUGGUGACAUGAAAGUACUCCGAGCAGACAUACCACACCAGCCAAUGGGAAUAGUCGCUGUUGCCAAUGACACCUAUAGUUGUGAAUUGUCUCCUUGCAGAGUGAUGAAUGGGGGGUGUGGUGACCUUUGCCUUUUGACCCCAGAUGGCACAGUUAACUGCACCUGCAGGGGAGAGCGUGUGCUAUUGGAGGAUAACAGAUGUGUGUCAAAGAACUCAUCCUGUAACAUCCACACCGAGUUUGAAUGCGCGAACGGCGAGUGCAUCAACUAUCAGUUAACGUGUGAUGGAAUAACCCAUUGCAAAGACAAGUCAGACGAGAAAAUGCAAUAUUGUGAUAACAGGGAUUGCAGGAAGGGCUUCAAACACUGCUACAAUCAACGCUGCGUUGCCAACACGCGCUUCUGCGAUGGGGUGGACGACUGUGGGGAUCACUCAGACGAGCUGUAUUGUAGCAAUUCAACAUGUACUGCCUCUGAAACACGCUGUCAAGACGGGGCUUGUAUUCCGAACUCCGCCUGGUGCAAUCAAAUUAUUGACUGCGCUGAUGCCUCUGAUGAAAAAAAUUGCAAUUACACAGACUGCUCUGAUUAUUACAAACUGGGGGUGAAAGAGAGCGGAUUUUUCAGCUGCAACUCCACCUCCCUCUGUAUCCACUCGUCCUGGGUCUGCGACGGAGCCAACGACUGCGGGGAUUACGCGGAUGAGACCAACUGCCAGGUUUCCCUCAAACAGAAGUGCGAGGAUGGCCAUUUCGCCUGCCCCAGCGGAAACUGCAUCUCCAGCGUGUGGCUAUGCGAUGGACAAAAGGACUGUGAAGACGGAGCGGACGAAUUCCAGUGUGACUCUUCCUGUUUGUGGAACCAGUUUGCCUGCUCCAAAAACAAGUGCAUCGCUAAGCAAUGGCUGUGUGAUGGUGAAAAUGACUGUGCAGAUGGACUGGAUGAGAGUGAGGAGAUUUGUGGCUCUGUGACCUGUGCCACUGGGAUGUUCAGCUGCCCAGGAUCCCACGCGUGUGUGCCCAGACGCUGGCUUUGUGACGGGGAGAGAGACUGCCCCGAUGGCAGUGACGAACUUUCCGCAGCCGGCUGUGCACCCAACAACACGUGCGAUGAGAACUCCUUCCGGUGUCGGAACAAGGCAUGCAUCCCCUCCCGCUUUGUCUGUGACCGUGACGACGACUGUGGGGAUGGGUCGGACGAAUCCUCAGAAUGCACGUACCGCUCUUGCGGGCCAGAGGAGUUUCCCUGCGCAGAUGGAAGGUGUCUGCUCAGCGCGCAGUGGGAAUGCGAUGGAUAUGCAGACUGUCCGGACCACUCCGACGAGCUGCCACAGAAUCCAAAGUGCUCGGCUGCAGAAAGCUUGUGCAACAGUUCCUUCUUCAUGUGCGGCAAUGGGCGGUGCGUCUCCAUCGCGAGUGUCUGCGACAAAAAGGACGACUGUGGAGACCGUUCAGAUGAGAGGAACUGCAACGUGAACGAGUGCUUGAACCGUAGAGUCAGUGGAUGCACACAGGACUGCCAGGACCUUCCAGUCGGAUACAAGUGUAAGUGCUGGCCAGGAUUCCACCUGAAGGAUGAUGGGAAAACCUGUGUGGACAUUGAUGAAUGUUCCUCUAGCCUCCCCUGCAGCCAGCAGUGCAUCAAUAUGUAUGGAUCAUACAAGUGUCUGUGCACAGAUGGCUAUGAAGCACCGGCAAACAACCCAAAUAGCUGCAAAUCUCUCUCAGCUGAAGAACCUUUUCUCAUUCUCGCUGAUCAUCAUGAGAUAAGGAAAAUAAGUGUUGAUGGGUCAAAUUACACACUCUUGAAACAGGGUCUCAGUAACAUUAUCGCAAUAGACUUUGACUACAGGAAGGAGUUUAUCUAUUGGAUUGAUUCCAGCAGACCCAGCGGAAGGAAGAUUAAUAGAAUCCGACUGAACGGGAGUGACCUUAAGAUAGUUCACCGCAUGGCAGUCCCCAGUGCGCUGGCGGUGGACUGGAUAGGGAAGAAUCUAUACUGGUGUGACGUGGAGCGGAAGACCCUGGAGGUGUCAAAGGUCAACGGGUUGUACCCCACUGUCCUCAUGGGAUCGGGGCUGAGGAACCCCAGAGACCUGGCUCUGGAUACCCAGACUGCGUACGUCUUCUGGAUAGACUGUUGCGAAUACCCCCACAUUGGCCGAAUCGGCAUGGACGGCAGUGAUAAUGUUGUGAUCAUUGACACAGAAAUCUAUAACCCUGUGGCUUUAACCAUCGAUUACACCAACAAGAGGCUGUACUGGGCAGAUGGAAACCACAUCUUGUUUGCAAACAUGGAUGGCACAAGAAGACGCAAGGUGCCUAAUCAAGACAUCCACGGGGUGAUGGGGCUAACCUUGUUUGAGGACUACAUCUAUUGGACAGACGGGAAAACCAAAUCCUUGAACCGUGCGCACAAAACCUCCGGAGCGUUGAGAGCAGAGCUGCUCAGCUCCUGGCAAGCCUUAACAGACAUAAAGGUGUACCAUCCUUACCGCCAGCCCGACGUGCCCAAGCACCAGUGCCAGGUGACAAACGGAGGAUGCAGCCACCUGUGCCUCCUCUCUCCAGGCGGUGGUUAUAAGUGCGCCUGCCCUACGAAUUUCUACCUCGCUGCCGACAGAAAGACCUGCUUAUCCAACUGCACAGCCAGCCAGUUUCGGUGUGGGACCGAUGAGUGCAUACCAUUUUGGUGGAAGUGUGACACAGUAGAUGACUGCGGUGAUGGGUCUGACGAGCCUGCAGACUGCCCGGAAUUCAAGUGCCAACCUGGUCGAUUCCAGUGUGGGACUGGCCUCUGUGCACUCCCACCCUUCAUCUGUGAUGGAGAAAAUGACUGUGGAGACAAUUCUGAUGAGGCAAACUGCGAUACGUACGUAUGUCUCUCUGGACAGUUCAAAUGCACCAAGAAGCAGAAGUGCAUCCCCCUGAACCUGCGCUGCAAUGGCCAGGACGACUGCGGCGAUGGCGAGGAUGAGGCUGACUGUCCUGAAAGCACAUGCUCUGCAGACCAGUUCCAGUGUAAGGCUACCAUGCACUGCAUCUCCAAGCUCUGGGUGUGUGACGAGGACCCGGACUGCGCUGACGGCUCAGAUGAAGCUGACUGCCAUGAAAAGACUUGUGGACCUCACGAAUUCCACUGCAAGAACCACAACUGCAUCCCCGAGCACUGGAGGUGUGACGGCCAGAGCGACUGUGGAGACCACUCAGAUGAAGAGGACUGCCAGCCAGUGACCUGCACCUCAAAGGAGUUUGUCUGCGCCAACGGCGAGUGCAUUUCUGCACGAUUCCGCUGUGACGGAGAUUAUGACUGUGUUGACAACUCAGAUGAGAAGGACUGUGAAACACGCUGCUCAGAGGACCAGUUCCAGUGCCUGAACAACCUUUGCAUCUCCCUCAAGUGGCUCUGUGAUGGACAGGAAGAUUGCAAGAUGGGGGAGGAUGAGAGUAACUGCCACAGCACUGCGGCUCCUUCCUGUUCUGUUAAUGAGUACGACUGCGCCAGUGGCGGCUGUGUGUUGGCCAGUCUGAGGUGUGACGGGCACGUGGACUGCAUGGACGGUUCCGACGAGGUGGACUGUGCCAGAGAGUGCAGGGAGGAUCAGUUCCUGUGUCAGAACCGAGCCCACUGCAUCCCGAGGCGGUGGCGCUGCGAUGACGUGCACGACUGCGUGGACCACAGCGACGAGGAGAACUGCGACCGUGGGGCAGUCUCUUGCCGCCCUGAUGAGUUUGUUUGCAACAACACUUUGUGUAAGCUGCACAUCUGGGUAUGCGAUGGUGAGGAUGACUGUGGCGACAACUCGGACGAAGACCCUGAAAUGUGUGCCAAGUUGCCAUGCCCGCCCAUGAGACCAUACAGGUGCCGAAAUGGCCGAACAUGCCUGCACACGGAACAGGUCUGCAACACUGUGGAUGAUUGUGGGGACAACUCAGACGAAGAGAACUGCGAGGAUGCGGUGGGCAGGUCCAGGCCCUGCGGGAAGGCUGAGUUCCACUGCAGCAACCACCGCUGCAUCCCCGCCGAGCUGCAGUGCGAUCUCUUUGACGACUGUGGGGAUGGCGGCUCUGACGAGCGGGACUGCAAGGCCUUUCUCAAUGAAGAUGUAUGUAGAGGAAGAAUGAAUCCAUGUGGAGAAGAUGCAGUUUGCAGUCAAACAAAGACUGAUGCGAUUUGUCAGUGCAAAACAGGCUUUCAGAGAAAUCAAAUGAACAGGCAGUGCGAAGAGAUCAAUGAGUGCCUUCAGUUUGGUACAUGCUCUCAGUAUUGCACAAAUACUAAAGGCUCCUUCAAGUGUUCAUGUGACAAGAACUUUAAAGAAAACAAUGGUAGCUGUAUAGCAAAAGGACCAGAAGAUCACGUGCUCUACAUAGCUAAUGACACUGAAAUCCGAGGUUUUGUGUAUCCAUUUAACCAGAGCCAUGGACACAAACAACUAGCUCGCAUCGAGGACAAUGCCCGAAUUGUUGGAAUGGAUGCUCUCUUUCACGAAAACAAGUUUAUCUGGGCUACCCAGUUUAAUCCAGGUGGAAUUUUUUACAAAGACAUCCUAGACAGACGUCACACUAAAACUAAUAGUGGAAUCAUUUGUCCGGAUUUUCGAAGGCCAAGGGAUGUGUCGGCCGAUUGGGUGACGGGAAAUAUCUAUUGGACGGAUCACUCCAGGAUGCACUGGUUCAGCUAUUACACAGCCCAUUGGACGAGGCUGAGAUAUUCCAUUAAUGUUGGGCACCUCGGAGGACCAAACUGCACCCGUCUGAUAACGGAUAUAGCAGGGGAGCCUUAUGCAAUAGCCGUCAACCCAGUGCAGAGGAUGAUGUAUUGGACAGUGAUUGGCGACCACUCGCAUAUCGAGGAGGCGGCCAUGGAUGGCUCCAUGCGCAGGGUGCUGCUAGAGAAGAGACUCAGGAGACCCACAGGACUGGCAAUUGAUUAUUUCAACCAGCGCUUGUACUGGGCUGAUGUGGAGCUUUCUGCAAUAGGGAGUGUGCGUUUUGAUGGGUCAGACUCUCGGCUGGCUGUGAACAGCAGACAUGGAAUAUCCCAACCUUAUAGAAUUGACAUAUUUGAAGACUAUAUCUAUGGAGCUGGACUGAAAAAGGAAGUGUUCAGAGUUCACAAGUAUGGUAAAGGCCCUGUCGAGUGGCUUGGUUUGGGAGUAGAGAAGGCCACGGGUGUCCUAGUUUCCCAUUCAAUGAAGCAGCCAGAAGUAUCAAAUCCGUGCGCGAGGAUGAGCUGCGAGUUCAUGUGCCUGCUCAACCCCGCCGGUGCCCGCUGCUUCUGCCCAGAGGGGAAGGCACUGCUUAACGGCUCCUGCGGUGACACCAGCGUUUCAGGGGAGCUCUGCAAGCCGGCCUGCGAGAACGGUGGCCGAUGCAUAACCAAUGAGAGAGGGGACUGGCGAUGCUACUGCUGGCCAAAUUUCUCUGGGGAGCGCUGUGAAGUCAACCACUGCAAGGACUACUGCCUGAACGGGGGCACGUGCUCCAGCUCGCCACUGGGGAGGCCUACUUGCCGGUGUGCAGUAGGGUUCACAGGUCCCUACUGUGAGAAGCGUAUCUGUGACAGUUACUGCCUGAAUGGGGGCACCUGUGACAUCAGCCUGGGGAACCAGCCCGUAUGUCACUGCAUGGCAGAGUACACCGGAGACCGCUGUCUGUACCACAUCUGCCACCACUUCUGCGUGAACUCCAAGGCCUGCACGCUGUCCAGCAGCGGCCACGUGGAGUGCGUGUGUCCCGCCAGGUACGAAGGGAGGAAGUGCGAGGUGGACAAGUGUCUGCGGUGCCGUGGCGCGCCGUGCAUCAUCAACCACGAGGCCGGCGACAUGGCCUGCAACUGCACUAAUGGCAGGAUAGCAUCCAGCUGUCAACUGUGUGACAGUUACUGUUACAAUGGCGGUACCUGUCACCUUGACUCGCAGACCAACCUCCCUUUCUGUCACUGCACGGCAGGGUUCAAAAACCAGCGCUGUGAUGAGCGGGCAAACCCGUGCAGUUACUACUGUCAGAAUGAGGGGAUUUGCACGUUGACUGCCUUUAACAAACCCCGGUGCAAGUGUUCAGCCAACUGGUCGGGCACGCAGUGCGAGAGGCCGGCCCCCAAGAGCAGCCGCUCCGAUGGCAACGGUGGGAGUAGCGUAGCCAUCGUUGUCCCCCUCGUCCUGCUGGUGAUACUAAUAACCACCGUGGUGGCAGGCAUCCUCAUUUGCAAAAGAAGGCAAAGGGGUAAACGAGUGCAGCGACAGCCUAUGGCCAAUGGAGGAAUAAACGUGGAGAUUGGCAACCCCUCCUACAACAUGUAUGAGAUGGACCACGAUAACCACGCAGACGCCGGCAGCCUCCUGCAUCCAAACUUCAGACUCGACCCGCAUAAGGGCUGGUGUGUGCAAUCCAGUGACUCUCGUAGAAUGGCCACACAUGCUGUCCCAAAGGAGAUUAUCCCAGGACAGCCCAUGAACUAUUCAAACCCAGUGUAUGCGAAGAUUUACGUUGAUGGGCAAAACUGUCGAAAACCAGUGUUGAACAUCGCUGAGAGGAGAGAGCUACUCCCAAAGAAACUGGAAGCAAUGAUUCAGGAAACAGCUGCAUAGCUUGAUUUUACAUGCUUUUUAUAUGAUCUGUAUAAAUGUACAGGGGAAAAAAAAAGAAUUUUCUAUGUCCUAUCAGGAUCUGAUAAUCUCUUUAAUUGGUUUGUUAUCAGCAUUACCUCUUUGUUUUGUGUGCAGAGAAUUAUGGACAUACCAC